AAUUCCUCCGAUGAUGCAUUUUUCAUUUUCUCGAUUUUCUGUCAACCUUUAGAAAAAAAAACUCGGAAAAAUGUCGCUUUUAUUAUUUAAAUUUAGGAAAACAUGUCCCCGAUCCUACAGUUCUUUAUCCAGUUAGAUUGCGAGCCCGGAAGGCGGUUUAAGGACGUUAUUUUUGGCUUGUGUUGUGCGAAUUCCUGUCGAAUGGUGUAACCAAAAGUGGUAGCAAAAAUGGACGAAAAUAAUAGACAAAUUCAGGCUCAGGGGUCCGUUUGUAGCGACUCCAAUGGGGAAGACACGGGGAAGAACGAUGAUGCUAUUGUUCCCGAUAGAAGAAUCUGCCUUGUAGGCUCGCUAGCAAGAGAUUACAGACUUCAUACUAUAGCAGAAUUGUUCAAUGUACCAGUAGUAACAUCAUCAAAUGGACUGGAAUAUGUAGACGACACUACUUGUUCCACUUAUUAUAUAAUAGAUAAUUUUCAAGGAGAAAUCUUUAGUGGUUUAUGUAAAAGUCGACAAACAAUUUUGGGGCCUCCAGCUUUAGAGCAAUUGGCACUUGAAAAGAAGAAGGAGCUACCUGAUAAUACUAGACCUCUUUAUAAUGUGGCUAUGAGAGGAGUUGUUGUUUGUUUUACUGGGUUUAGAAAUAAAGAUGAAUUGACAAAAUUAGUGCCUUUGAUCCAUCAUAUGGGCGGGUCAAUCAGGAAAGAUAUGACUGCUAAAGUGACCCAUCUCAUAGCAAACAGCUGUGGAGGUGAGAAGUACCAAUACGCCAGCACGUUUAAGGUUCCGGUACUGAAUUUACAGUGGGUUCACGAUAGUUGGAACCGGCAUAGGAACGAUGUGAACUUUACUGCAUCUCAGGACUCCUUUAUGAACCAAUAUAAACUGAAACCUUUUCACGGGGCGAGGGUGUGUUUUCUGGGAUUCUCAGACGACGAGGAGAAACAUAUGACUGAAGUCUUGCUUGCCAAUGGUGGCACAGUGACGACGAUUGACGAUCCGAAUUGUACGCACGUGGUGACGGAAAACUCGGAGAUUUACACCGUGGUGGACCCCGCCACCACCGCACCUCUAUCCCCCAGACCCGAUCAGUCCCUGCUCCAAUCAUGUCCCAACCUGAAAACCCCCAAUAAUAACAGCGUGAUCGAUCUAAUGUGCCUGGAAACGUUGCAAGAGGUCUCGAAAAAUGACGAUUUGGUUUCCGAAAUGGAUUCGAUUUGCUUUGAAGACACGAGAGUUCUAGACUGUAGUACCGCAUCAACGAAGAGAAAGCGAAAAUUUGCCUCUCCCGAGUGUAGUAGCGUGAAAAGGAAAAAAGAUAAAUGUUACAGCGAAAAACGAAAGAAGGUGUCGUCUUUCUUCAAGACCCCGAUAAACUACUUUUCCAACAGGAGGCGCACCAUAGAUGCCGCUACUUUCAAUCGUUCUCUAAACGAAAGCGUCGUGUCUUCCUCGGGAGUUUUUAACGUUGAAACGAUCGAUAACUUAAGUGUUUGUUUGAACCCGGACGGGGACACUCCUAGGAGCAGCACGCGGAAAUCGAAGAAAAACUUGUUCACACGUACUUUCAGUUCUUCCAGGUUUACCAGGUCCAAGUCGAAGAAACUUUUAAUGGAGGUGGAGGCGCACCAGUUGAACGCUAGUUGUUUCCCUGACAUUUCCUUGUCCGUUCCUCGUUCCUCCUUAGCAGGGGGCAGUGAGGUGACACUGCAGCAGUCGAGCAGGGUGGCAGCUGGUGUGAACGUUGCGGUGGUGGACGAGUCGCAGGUCGGCGAAAGACCGGACGUUACUUCGCACCGGGCACACAUCGUCAAAGCCGAAUGGUUCUGGAUCUCGGUGCAGAAAGAAUGUAGCCAGGAGGAGAAGGAGUAUCUCUUUGAGGACUAUAUCGAACAGGUAGCUAGUCCGGGCGUACGGAGGGAAAGUCAUGCAGCUACGCCUAGUAGCGCUAGUCGAAGGAAGCGUAAACGGAUGAUGGUUCACGAAACGAUCCAGUCUCUGGUGCAACAGACUCAAUCACCAGCGCUGCACAAGCGCAGAUCGUCAGUCAGCGACGCUGGCUUACUUAGCGUCAGCAAUUCGUUCUUGGACUGCACCGCUAGCCCGGUUAGUACGACACCUGUUGGUAAAGGAAGGCGUCAAUCGGUCAAGGUAGAUAAAAACGCCGCAUUUACAACAGACGGCUCAGAGCUUUCCAUAGAACCUCCACCGAAAAGUAAAUCGUCGCGUCAUUUAGUCUUCCUAGAGUUGGUCGACACUGAAACCAACUACGUGGGCAUUUUACACACCAUUAUGACCCUAUUUAAGGACCAUUUGGAAACCAUGCCCGAGGAAGAAGCUCUCUUGAACAACACCGAAUUGAAUCUCAUUUUUGGGAAGUUACCGCCGAUUUACGAAGUGCAUAUGAAGAUGCUUGAUGAGCUUCGAUGGCUUCGAGCCCAUUGGACCGAGGAGUUAUGCACCGGAGACGUAAUAACCAAAUACUCGACGGAGCUACAAAAAGCCUACCCUCCCUUCAUCAACUUCUUCGAAGAAGCGAAGGCGGUUUUGCAGCGUUGCGACGCGACCAAACCGCGAUUCCACGCGUUCCUUAAGGCGAUGCAAACGCGGCCGGAAUGCGGCAAAUUGGAUUUGUCCGAUUUGAUGUGCAGUCCGAGCAUGAGGCUGGGAAAAGUGAACAUUUUACUGAAAGAGAUCCUAAAAUAUACACCAAAAACGAAUCCGGAUCAUGUGGCGCUGGAGAAGGCCCUAGAGUCCUUGAAGGAAGUUUGCACGUAUAUUAACGAGGAUAAGAGAAAGGCUGACGGUCAGAUGACGCUUUUUAAUAUUUUUAACGAGAUAGAUAAUUGCCCGCCGGACUUGGUUUCUUCUCUACGGCACUAUGUGAUCAAGGCGGAUGUGAUACAGCUUUCCUCCAGUGAGGGUUUAGCCAGUAAAGGAAGCGGUCUGGUGCUCUACGUGUUCAGCGACCGGGUCGAGGUGUGCAAGAAAAAAUCGAAGGUCUUUAACAGCGCCAAAAGUCCGGCGAGCGGGAUCAAACCAAACAACGUGAAACCUUACAAGCAUGUUAGGAUGGUGCCGCUUAAUACUAUUAAAAGGGUGAUAGAUAUUAAGGAAACAGAAGACUGUCAGAACGUGUUCAGUUUGGUAUGCAAAAGCAACGAGGAGACGAAGGAGAAGCUUUAUUCGUUUGCCUUCAUCGUGCCCGAUGAAAGCGAGAGCAGCACGAAACCGCUUACCAAAGUCGGAUUUUUGAAAGCUUUAACCCGUGCUAUGGCCGAUAAUCUGUGUUCAGCGGAUGCUGAAAAGUUCAUGGCGUACUUGGAACCUCAGCAGCUGGACAUCGAUACGAGCGAUCUAAGCAACGGUACGCUGUCAAAGGCGUUUAAGUUUGCCAAAACGCGACUAAAGGUGGGCCGAACGUUUUCUUUUAACAAGUCAACGCCAUCAAAGUUAAAAAGAGCGGUCAGCUCAAUGAUGUCGCCUUUUGGCAGCUCUACUAAUCUCACACCUGCCUCGCAGCUAGCCAAUAUGAGACUAGCCAGCUAUAGUAACAUCAACGAAUUGGGAAGUCAAACAGAAAACUCUGACGAAUCUCCGCCAGUGGCGCCCAUGUCUGUGCAGCCCACCCGUAAAGUUAAGGCCUCAUCUCUAGGGGUAAACGCACUCAAACGGUUAUAGCACCUUCAAUUUUACAUUAAUUUCUUCUCAUAAUUUCCUAGUUUUUAUUGUAAAGGGUCUUGGAAAUGUAGAAUACAAAUCGGCUCAGAAAAAAAAAAACCAAAGUGGUGCCCUUUUCGCUAUAAAUUUAUUAUGCUUUUAAAUUUCUGAGGCUCUUUUAACUUAUUUGUACAUAUCUUCUAUAUAUUUAAGUUUUACCAUAUUUGAUUUACAAACUGGUUUUAUAUUUUGAUUUUAGUGAGAUAGCAGGCAAGAAUUCUUAAAUACCCCUUAUGUAUUUUUUUUUUGUAAAUUGUGACUCAAAAUUCGAAGCUCAAGUUAAUCAUUUUAAAGAAACUUUUAACGAAACAAAAGUAGCGUAGUGUAAUUAAGUGUAAAUUUUUGGCUUUUGCGUGCCGCACCGCGCAAAUUAAUCACGAUUAACACGCGCCGCGUGUUCAGUCUUAUAUUUGUAUAUAAUAAUUAUUAUUGUCUCCUUUUAAUCUUAUAGUAAAUGCGCGCGAUGCGGUACGCGUGAAACGCAAACCAGUGCCCUUGUAUGUAUUAUAUUUAUUCGAAGUUAUGUCUAAGAUUUUUUUUUCAACAUGUGGAAUUUUAUACCGUGAGAAUGAGGAAAGAACAAAUGUUAAGAUACACCUUAUAGGUGACACUAUUAUUAUUAAUGCUAUUAUUAUUAUUAUUUGAUUCAGGAUGUACAAUAAAAAAUGAUCAUUAUUUAUGCAGCUUA